AUGACAAUGCUCUACAAGAACGUCAGUACCAACGAUGAUUCACGAAAUUCCGUGCUGGUGAUUUUGACUUCAGCGAUGCUUCUCAGUCAUCAACCUCGGUCAGGGAAGUCCACCGAGGUUGAUGACAACAAAAUAAAGGCAUUGAUCGAGUCAAACCCACGUUACACGACACGAGAGAUUGUAGAAACAUUGAACAUCCAUCAUUCAAGCGUUCACGAUCACCUGAAGAAGUUGGGAUACGUAAGCAAGCUCGAUGUUUGGGUUCCUCAUGAACUCAAAGAAGUUCAUUUGACGGCACGUAUAAACAUCUGCGAUAUACUCGUUAAAUGUGAGGAAAACGAUCCUUUUUUGAAACGACUGAUAAUUGGUGAUGAGAAGUGGAUUGUUUACAAUAAUGUGGUGCGCAAACAGUGGCCUCAACGUGAUGAUUCGCCUCAAACGACAUCAAAAGCAAACAUUUAUCAGAGGAAGGUUAUGCUCUCAGUAUGGUGGGAUUUUAAAGGUGUCGUGUUUUUCGAGCUCCUACCAAGGAACCAAACAAUCAAUUUGAAUGUGUACUGUCGGCAAUUAGACAAUUUGAACAAAUCCAUCAUCCAGAAACGUCCAAAGCUCGUUAAUCAUAAAGGAGUUGUGUUCCAUCACGACAACGCGAGAUCACACACAAGUUUGACCACCCGUCAAAAAUUAUUGGAGCUUGGAUGA